AUGAACUUUAGAGCAACUCACGUAUUCGGCGAAGGAAACAGGCCAACAGACAUUUUGGCAAGACAUGGGACAACUAUCUCAAGUUGGCCUUUUAAGAAAUUUAGAAGAAAAAACAAAAAGGAGUUUCUUACAGCAAUUGUCGGUUCUGUUGCCAGCGAAAUUGGAAAAUCAUUAGUUGCCCCUAUCAAACGACAUAUUGGAUACCUGAUUUUCUACCAUCGCAACAUUACGAACCUGCAAGAUGAAAGAAAGAAGCUGGAUGAUAAGAGGGCUGAAGCUGAUCUUUUCGUGCAAGAUGCUGACAAGAAGUUUAAAGUCCCUAUUCCUGGUGUACCCCAUUGGAAAAAGGCAGCAGAUGAUCUCAGUAAAAUGAUCUCUGAAUUUCUGGAAAAGGAGAAUCCUGGAGCAAGAAACAGGUGCUUGAAUGGGCGUUGUCAAAAUCCGUGGUCACGUUAUUCCUCAAGCAGGAAAGCUUCAAAGAUAACCGAGGAUAUAUGCAAGAAGAUUCGAGAAGCUCCAGAAUGUGGUACUGUGGCCUAUGAUGCUCCUCAACCAAAUUUAGGAUCUACUUUCAACCUUGAAGGCGUCAAGGACUUUGAGUCUAGGCUAUCAGUUAUGAAUGAUGUCUGGGAGGCUUUGAAGAAUGAUGAGCUGAACAUGAUUGGUAUUUGUGGAAUGGGUGGUGUGGGGAAAACCACAAUGGUCAAAAAACUUGUGAAAAAAGUAGAAGCUGAGAAUUUGUUUGGUGUAGUUGCAAUGGUAGUGAUCUCUCGAAACCCAAACUUGACUAUUCAAGAUGACAUUGUGGAGCGGCUGGGAUUGAAAAUUGAGGAGAAGACAUUGGUUGGAAAAGCAGGAAAGCUGCAUGAGUGGAUUAUGAAGUGCGAUAAGAGUGUCCUUUUGAUAUUGGAUGAUGUUUGGGAGGAGGUGGAUUUUGAAGCAAUUGGACUUCCUUUAAAAGGUGACAGAAAGGGGUGCAAAAUUGUGUUAACUUCACGAAACGAUGACCUGUGCACUAAAAUAGGAAGUCAAAAGAAUUUCCUAAUUGAUACUUUAUCGAAAGGAGAAGCUUGGGAUCUUUUCACAGAGAUGGUAGGCAAUUCAUAUUGACAGGAUUUUGCUUGACACAGCAAGCGAAAUAGCUGAUGAAUGUGGAGGCUUACCUAUUGCCAUUGUAACUAUUGC